AUGUCGGACACGCUGCCCUUGUAUCUAACGCCGCAGUUCUUCAGACGCUGCCUGGAGCACGGACUGCAGCAACAGGAGCUCAAGGUGCGUGAUGUGCAGCUGACGAAUCUAACGCGUGGUGGCGAGAACUACUGCAGCAACAUAUAUAGAGCGCAUGUGAAGUAUCAGACAGCAGAGGAGGAGGAGCUCAUAGAAACAUCCUUGAUUGUCAAGAGCAUGCCGGAGGAGAAGCAGGCGAUACUAGCACGACUGCAAAUCUACAACAAGGAGACUUUAUUCUAUUUGCAUAUCAAGCCAAAGCUGGAGGCGCUCAUGUGGCAUGCCACAACAGCGACUGAGAGUUGGCAGCUGGGCGCCAGACACUACUACUCCACGACGCAGCCAGAGCAGACCAUAAUCUUUGAGGAUCUGUGCCACUUGGGCUAUCAGCUGAAGUGUCGCCAGCUGGGCUUGGAUGCAGCACAUGCGACGCUGGUGAUGCGCAAGCUGGCGCAAUAUCAUGCGCUCACCAUGCUGAUGGCUGAGCACGAGCCACAGCAUAUAAUAGAUCGCUAUCCCUUUGGCUUGCUGCACAUGGACGCCAUUAAAUCGCAGCCCUUUAAGCUGCUCUUCGGCACUCAGCUGCUGAAGCUGACAGCGCUGAUAAGCGAUAGUGAAGAGUUUGCUGGCAUUACGCGCAAGCUCUAUCGCUAUCAUGAGCACUUCACGGAGCGUGUGCUCAAGGCGGUUUAUCCGCUGCGUGGUGCCUACAAUGUGUUGAAUCAUGGCGAUCUGUGGGUGAACAAUAUAUUCUUUAAGUACGACAAGCAGUACAAGCUGCAGCAAGUUAAGUUUAUUGACUUUCAGCUUUGCUUCUACGGCAGUCUGGGCUUUGACAUAAACUAUUUUCUCAACACUAGCUUGGAGCUUGAGGUGCUGCGCACACAGCGUCAGCAUUUGAUUGAUGUCUACUAUGAAUCGCUUAUUGGCUGCCUGCAGCAGCUGCCUUGGCAUAAACCUUUGCCCAGCCAUGCCGAUAUCUUAGCUGAAGUACAAGCUAGAGAAGCUUAUGGAUUCUUUGUUGCCUUUGGCUUCUUUCCGCUGAUGAGCAUGAUUGGCAUUGACUCGGAGGACAACUCGUUGAAAAACUUUCAUGAUGAGCAAUUUGCACGUCAAAAGGUGCAGCUGAUGUUUGAGGGCAAUUCUCGCACGCUAGAGAGUCUCAAGUUUUCGCUCAAGCGCUUGGAUGACUUGCAUAUAUUUGAUUGAAGUGCAAUGCAUUGUUUCAAAUUGCAUGCCUUGUUUCAUAAAUAAAAUAGCUAUGUAUAUGUAAAUUGACAGCAUUUCGAUUGUGAAACAAAGCAAAUAUAUAAUUUUGCCCUUAACUACAGUAGAGACAAUAAAGAGCAUUCUUCGCUUUAAACUUACAUAAGCUGCAGCGUAUUAUAGAUUAGAAUAAAACAUAAGUUCUUUAUAUUAGA